AUGAGUGUUGUUCGUAUCACUCAGUCGUUAGUCGUGUCCAUCAACGCUAUCAACAUGUCCUCAGAAAAUGGAAAGGGCAAAAUCGCCAUCGUUGGCAGGUUUGUUCAAGUGCUUGUUUUCAGCUAUUCAUGUUUCAUUUUCAGUGGCUUAGUGGGCUCGAGCUGGGCAACAAUUUUUGCUAGCUCAGGCUAUCAAGUCCAAAUGUAUGAUAUUUCUGAGCAACAGCUAGUAGCAGCAAAGAUAUUGGUAGAGAAAAAUCUUCAGAAACUAGAUAAACACGCUCUCCAAAGAGGACCAAUCUUGACCGAUGUAGCUUUGAAGUUAGUUUCAACUACUACCAGUUUAAAGGAAGUUAUGACAAAUGCAGUUUAUGUGCAGGAAUCCGCGUUGGAAGAUUUAAACUUUAGAAUUGAAUUCUACAAGAAGCUCGAUGAAUUGGCAGGACCAAAUACAAUUCUAGCCAGUAGUACAUCGACUAUUCCUGCAUCGAAGUUUACCGAGGGUCUGGUCAAUAGAGAGCGAUGCAUAAUCGUUCACCCGGUAAACCCUCCACUCUUCCUUCCGCUCACUGAACUUGUGCCUGCUCCAUGGACAUCUCAGGAUACGGUUGAUAGAUCAGCCGAGAUAAUGAAGUCGGUGAAGCAAACACCCGUAAAGCUGAAGAAGGAAGUACUUGGGUUUGCUGUGAACCGGAUUCAGUUCGCGCUCCUCGCUGAAACAUGGCGACUUGUGGCAGACGAUGUUAUUGGAGUAGAUGAUAUAGAUGUAGUCAUGUCAGCAGGGCUAGGCCCACGAUACGCAUUCAACGGACCGUGUGAGACAGUGCAUUUGAAUGCCUUCGGAGUAAGAGACUACUUCAGAAGAUAUGGAAAUGGUGCUACUACCGUUCUGAAUGAUAUGGGACCAGUCCCAGACUUUUCUGACGAAUCGGUCAUCCAAAAACUCGAAAAUGAUCUGGAAAAAAAGAUGGCUGUGGCCAAUAUACGUGGAUAUCAGGCAGAAAGAGAAGCUAAGCUCAUCGAGAUUGCGAAGCUCAAAAAAGCGUUGAAGUUUUAA